AUGGCGGCCUCCACCCCCGUCGUCGUCGACAUCCACACCCACAUGUAUCCGCCCUCGUACAUUGCCAUGCUCGAGAAGCGCCAGACCAUCCCCCUCGUCAGGACCUUUCCCCAGGCCGACGAGCCGCGCCUCAUCCUGCUCUCCUCCGAGCUCGCCGCUCUGGAUGCCGCGCUCGCCGACCCCGCCGCCAAGCUGCCCGGCCGGCCGCUGAGCACGCACUUUGCGUCGCUCGCCCAAAAGAUGCACUUCAUGGACACCAACGGCAUCCGCGUCUCCGUCAUCUCCCUGGCCAACCCGUGGUUUGACUUUUUGGCCCCCGACGAGGCGCCUGGCAUCGCUGACGCGGUCAACGCCGAGUUCUCCGACAUGUGCGCCCAGCACGUCGGCCGCCUCUUCUUCUUCGCCGCCCUGCCGCUGAGCGCGCCCGUCGACGCCGUCAAGGCCUCCAUCGAGCGUGUCAAGAAUCUCAAGUACUGCCGGGGCAUUAUCCUGGGCACCUCUGGCCUCGGCAAGGGUCUGGACGACCCCCAUCUCUUGCCCGUCUUCGAGGCUGUCGCCGACGCCAAGCUUCUCGUCUUCCUGCACCCGCACUAUGGUCUGCCCAACGAGGUAUACGGCCCCCGCAGCGAAGAGUACGGUCAUGUCCUGCCUCUGGCGCUCGGGUUCCCCAUGGAGACGACGAUUGCGGUCGCGCGCAUGUACAUGGCUGGUGUAUUUGACCACGUACGCAAUCUUCAGAUGCUGCUGGCGCACAGCGGCGGCACACUGCCGUUCCUUGCGGGCCGCAUCGAAAGCUGCAUUGUUCAUGAUGGACACCUGGUCAAGACGGGCAAGGUGCCCAAAGACCGCCGCACAAUCUGGACCGUGCUCAAGGAGCAAAUAUACCUCGACGCUGUCAUUUACUCCGAGGUUGGACUCCAGGCCGCGAUUGCGUCGAGCGGAGCAGAUAGACUGAUGUUUGGCACGGAUCAUCCGUUCUUUCCACCAAUCGAAGAGGACGUGCAGGGUCCUUGGGAUAGCUCCCGUUUGAAUGCCCAGGCCGUAAUCAAAGCUGUCGGAGAGGGAUCCAGCGAUGCAGCUGCCGUCAUGGGAUUGAACGCUGUCCGUGUUUUGAGUCUCAAGGCUGAGUAG